CUUAAGGCAUAUUAGGCAUGUACUUCUAUGUAAUCCGUAAAUACUCGAAGUACAUUAUGUAGUUGAGCAAUGACGACCAUGGUUCUGAUGCAAGAAAUACAAAUCCUAAUGGAACUCUGCUAAUGCAGUGAAGAUACAUACCUACUCGUAUGUUCCAUUACCUCCUUUUUAAUAAGAACUCACACAGCACUACUUCUGGCUUUGUGUUAUACAUCUCGUUUUUGGAGGUACCUCAAAUACUACUAAAUACUACUAUCUCGAGUCUAACGAGUCGCGUCAAAACGCGUCAACUGACUAAGCGAUGGUGCCUCGGAGAGUAAUUGCCGACUCUGACGACGAAGAUGGAGAAGACAAUCCACUAAGUCCUCUGGGAGAAGAUGAAGGAAUUAAUCGACCAGAAGUAGAACCAUUAAGCCCACGUCAUAGGCCGUCAAGCCCUGAUGUACUAGACGCCCACAAUCAUAUAUCUGAUACUACGGACCAAUCCUUCUUUGCCAGUGUUUAUGAUGAGCAGCAAAAUAGAGCUCUUCAUCAAUCUCAUCUUAUCGAGAAUAUAGUCCGUCAAAGUCAGCAGGCGAGCAGAAGUAGCGGGGAGGUCUCGCUUCCAAAGAGCGCAUCUGGGGAAUGGGAUGUGCCUAGUAGUGCAGAAGACGCAAUGGUUUCAAGGACUACCAAAAGUUUGAAAGGAAAGAAUGAGAAGUCGUAUGGUAAACGAAGAAGAAGCCAAUCGAAAGCGACGAAGAGCUCUGCAGCAGCAGAGAUAUUCAUGGGAUAUGAUGAUGAUGCACUUAAGGAGACAGCCCAAGACACGACUUUGCACAAUGAGAUGCUUGCCCCAAGUCACAGAACUGGGCCAUCACCACUGCCCGUAUUCAAACGGAAUGAAGUCUCACUCAAUGACUCCGUGGUCCAGGAUACGGCGCCGAUAGCGAAUUUUUAUAUCGCUCAGAGUAACCUCACUACCAUGCAGAAACUCGAAUAUGAGAAGGUCAAUGUGUCGCAAAAUGGAUACCCCGGUCUAAAGUCAAGCGGCAUGUCGACAGUUGCGUAUCCAACUCCUAGUCGGUAUGCUUCUUCUUCUGGGCCGCCGCUUCCGUGGGAAAGAGACCUUGCUGCUGAUGCCGAACCUGACGAAAGCGUUGAUUUUAUAAAUAUUAUGUCUUCCCCAGAUGUCAUUGCGGCUGACCAUGGUUAUAUGAAGAGAAACCCGGUAGAAGCAGCACUUGUGGAUACGCAGGUAGCACACGAUGAGGUCGAACCUCCAGUUAGAGAUACCACCCCGAAGAGCCCGUAUAGCAGAAGAAAAAAGAGGGCAAGAAGCAUACAAGAUGAAGACGAAGACGAGUUACAAGAUGGGCCUCGGGAUUAUGAGGCUGUUGAUCGGCACCAAGACAAACACAAACGAAGGCGUAACGAGCCAAAAUCAAACCCACCCAGUCCACAUGGAGAUGAUGAUAUCAGACUUCUCCCAAAUCCACAUGAGGAAAUACUUGGAGAGCAAGACUACCAGGACCUACCCAGAGAAGAACCACAUAGGACAGGCGAUGCCGCCUCUGAGAUACCUGCAACGGCGCCACCACCCGCUUCUUUCAAUGCGCUCGAACAUAACCUGCCAGAGACUCAGCCAACCCCCCAACCAAAGAAGCGUGGUCGCAAGAAAAAGCAGGUUGUGAAAGAACAGAUUCUGCAAGAAGAGCUGCCCGUCGAAAACCAGGCUGCCGCUCAAGAGAUACCCCCUGCUGUUAAAGACCCCGAGGUACAAAUUGGGCCAGAGAAGCCUAAGAAGAAAAGAGGUCGCCCUCGGAAGUCAGACUUAGCAAAGCCCGAAACAGCGCCGGCUCCUGAACAUGACCCCCACGUUACGCAUAAGGCUCAUGAGGACGACGCCCAGCAUAGCGAGAUGACUUCGGAGAAGAUUGAAGCGACCGAGAAGCGGAAGCCCAAGAAGAAACAAAAACCCCAAAGCGAAGUGGAAGGAAAGGAGGAGGAAGAUCCAACUACAGAUAAGGACGACGUCGAAGACGCAUUGAAAGAAAUUAAUAGUAACUCCAGGCCAUCUGAAGAACCAGUGUCGGCUGAGGAAGUGCCCGCGAAACCCACCCCUAAACAGUUAGCCGAUCAGCACAAGUCUAAUGAGAAAGGAAGCACGGUCCCUAAGCCCAUAUCCACGUCUUCGCAACCCAAGGUACCUUAUCGAGUUGGCUUAAGCAAACGAACACGGAUAGCUUCGCUACUGAAGAUUAUCAAGAAAUAGAAACCAACUUGACAAAGUCUGUGUUGUGGUGAUUAGUACAGUCAACUUCUAAUAGUACUAGGAUGCGAAUUGCUUUAGGUAGUUAGCUCUAUCGCAAAAGGAGUCUCCAAACGGUUCAGUACCAAGAGAGAGAAAUGGAAACGAAUAAUAUGAAGCGAGGCGGCAGUUGAAGGCUAUCAC